UGUAAAUCCCAAGUUUUUAAUCUUCAAAGCUCACCAUUUCUGUCUUUAAAACCAAACUUUCCCCCAUAAUAUUCUUUGAUUCUUGCAACUCAAAAUACCAUCCUCUCUGUCAACAUAUAUUUUUACGCCCAUAAGGUGUUUGAUGUUUGGUCUUGGCUUUGUCCACAUUGCCUGGUUCUUCACCUACUUAAUUUCCAAGCACCCUUUUGUGUGUUUCACUUGUUGGUUCUUGUCAUACUCUGUUUUCAAUGAAGUUUUAAGAACUGGGUAGUUUCAUGAUGGAUCUUGGAGGUGUAAUCCGCACCAGACCAAUCAAGAAGGAAUCAUGGAAGACCGUGUUAACUUUGGCAUAUCAAAGCUUAGGCGUUGUGUAUGGAGAUUUAAGCACUUCUCCUCUGUACGUGUACAAGAGUGCAUUUGCAGAGGAUAUUCACCAUUCUGACACAAACGAAGAGAUUUAUGGGGUUUUGUCAUUUGUGUUCUGGACAUUAACACUGAUGCCAUUACUGAAAUAUGUUUUCAUUGUGCUGAGAGCUGAUGAUAAUGGAGAGGGUGGGACUUUUGCCUUGUAUUCUUUGCUCUGCAGACAUGCAAGGCUGUGUUCAUUGCCGAAUUGCCAGCUUGCAGAUGAGGAGUUAUCAGAAUACAAAAGAGAUGGAAAUGGUAAGAGCUUUCUGAAAUCAACUCUGGAGAAACACAAAGUGCUGCAAACGCUUUUGCUUGUUUUGGCUUUGAUUGGGACUUGCAUGGUCAUUGGAGAUGGUGUCCUAACACCUGCAAUUUCUGUUUUCUCAGCAGUGUCUGGAUUGGAGCUUUCUAUGGCUAAAGAGCAACAUCGUUGUAAGUUCCUAAAUUUGAAGCCAAAUUUUUUUUAG